GUUUUACUAAUUUACAAUUUAAUCAAGCGAUAGCUGUUAAUUUUUUGUUUGAUUCUCAAGAUUUUAGAAUUGUUUAUCAUAUAAUAAAAAAAUUCUUAUUUUAAUACAGUUUAAAAGCAAAUGGUAUCAGCUUGGUCAAUACCUUAAGCCAAAAGAAGCAAUUUAGGUAGCACUGAAGGAGUACCUGGUCCUGGUUAGUAUAAAACUGAAAAUUAAGUAAAAGUAGUACAUAACUAAUCACCAUAAUAUAGCAUUGGACAGAGUGGACGUACAGAUCUUAUAAAGAGUGACGCUCCAAGUCCCGGAACAUAUAAAUUACCAAGUCUUUUAGGUAAUGAAGCUCCUAAGUAUCACAUAGGAGAAAAAAGAAGCAUAGACUAUGAAGAAAGAGAAAAAUAAAAAAUUCCAGGUCCAGCGAAUUAUAGCCCAAAAAGCUUUUAAAAGAAUGCUCCAGCAUUUAGUAUUCCAAAAAGUGAAAGAAAUGAUUCGCCAAACAAAUCAGAUAAAUUAAAUAAAUCGUUUGAAGCACCAGGACCAGGCUAUUAUGAUAUUAAUAAAACCACUCUAAAUGGACCUAGUUAUGCAAAAAUGGGAAGUCAAAAAAGAGAGGAUUUAGUAUACAAUAAAGAGAGCCCAGGACCUGGUAAAUAUAAUAUAAGCUAAUCAGCUUUAGAUGUUUAAAGAAAAUCUCCUAAAUUUUCUAUUGGAUCUUAAGACAGGUCAUCAAUUGAUGGAGCUGGUAGAACUACUCCAGGAGUGGGAUAAUAUAAUUUGAACAAAACUAUGCUUUCUUCCAAGGGAGGUUUUAUUCCUAAAAAGAAUGAGCACGAGAAACGAGAUGAUUCUCCUGGUGUAGGAGCUUACAAUAUUAAAGAUUUACUUUCUGGAAAAGCUAAAUUUGGUUCCUUCGGAAAGGAAUAAAGAAAGUCUUUGGCAAAUAAUAAUACUCCUGGGCCUUAGCACUAUGAAGUAUUAGGUUCUGAAUAGUUUAAGCUAAAAAAUAAUCCAAAAUUUACAAUUGGGUCAUCAUAAAGAAUACCUUUAGGACACAGUGAAGCACCAGGUCCUUAGCAUUAUUUUACAAAAGAUAUUUGGAACUCUAAAAGAGGGGCAACUAUUGGUUCAAGGAAUUAUGAUUAUUCAUACUCAGAUGCUCCUGGACCUUAGUCAUACAAUCCAAAUUUUAAUGCAGUUUUAUCAAAAAAAGGUGCUUAUACAACUUCAAAGUCUGAUAGGGCUGAUUUAGCUAACUUGAAGGAGAAAUCAAAACUUCCAGGACCAGCUGAUUAUAGAAAUUAUGAAGCUUAAAAAUUUAAAACUCCUUAAUUUACAUUUUAAAAAUCUUAAAGAACAGGUUAUGACUCAAAAUUUACCACACCUGGUCCAGGUCAAUAUAAUUUGCCACCAAAAUUUGCAGAUGUGCCUAAGUAUCUUAUGCCAAACAAGCCUACAAUUUGA